AUGAGUGUUGUUGCUACUGUGUCAGACACUGUUUCUCCAGUCAAUGAACAAUCCGAUAAUGCACAAAAUUCGAGUUUGCUGCGAGAAGUCUCAAAAAAAGAAAAAGAAAGACAGAAAAAAGAAUUAAAAGAACAAAAAGCGCGAGAAAAGAAAGAAAAAGCGGAAAAAGAAAAAGAAAGAAAAGAGAGAGAAAAACGAGAAAAGAAAGAAAAGAAAGAACAGAAAGAACGUAAAGGAACAAAUGAAUCACUGAAUCAACCACAAAUUCAAAGCCCAGAUUCCGAAACAGCAACACCUGUUCAACAAAGUACAAAUGUGAGCGAAUUAAAACAGAAGGGAGCGUCUCUUCCUCCUCUUGAUACCAACGUCAGCGAUACACCGAAUUCUGCACCUAAUUCUGCAAUACCUGUUUCUGCGAUACCU